GGUUGAACUAGAAAGCCAAAGAUGGGUUAAUCAGAUAAGAGGAGUCACUCCCUUUUUUUUUUGUUUUUGAAUAAAAGUUGAAAACCCCAAAGCAGACGGAAGCGAUUGAACCUACGCGGAGGAGACCAGUGAAGAUGAAGUGCACAGCCUGUCACCAUCAGAUACCUGAAAAAACAGCCAAAUUCUGCAGCAAAUGUGACAAGACACUUUCUGUCCAACCUGCAGUUACAGAGGAAGCAGGGGACCAGCCGAAACGUUCGGUUGCAGACUCAGAAAGUAAAACUGAGAAUUCAGGAUCUCAGCAAGGUGACCAACACAUGGACGACAAAGAGUCCAAUAAGUCUCAGAAACGGGCGAAUGAUGAGAACAUCAGUAACGGAAAGAAGAAGAAGAAAAAGAAGAGGAAGAAAAAAAAAAAGAAAGAUGGCGACACGUCUUUGGACCAGUCUUCCACUUCGAUGACAGAUAACCAAAAGGAAAAGUCACAGGGCAGGAGAGACUCUGACAGUGACAGCUCAGACAGUCCAGUGAAUGAAACAGACUCACUGGAAAGUCAACCUAGUGCUGCAGCAGCGAAGAGCUCCGCCACUCAGAAUGAAGAGACAACCGAUCCAAUAGAGCCAGGUGCAGCGGGGCAGCCCGGGGAAGCCACAGGAAAACCCGAAGACGACAAAACAAAGGAAACAGAAGAGGAUCAGAGCCUCAAGACAACACCGACAGACCCUCUGACUCCACGUGUCGACUCGAAGGAAAAGAAGAACGCAGCUUCUCAGGCAUUCACAGGUAAAGAGACGAAGACAACUAACCCCGAAGAGCCGAAAACUAACCUGAAACAACAAAAGAAUAAGAAGGAUGCUGUCAAUACCAAACAGUCAAAACAAGACCAUAAUGCCAACGUGGAGCAAACUACAGAACAGACAGAAGAAAGUAAAACUAAAGGAAAGAGUCAGCAGGGGAAGAAAACGAAGCAGACUGCAGCAGGUCAACAGAAGAUGGUUUUUGGUCCUCAAACACCAUCAAAGAUUGAAUGUUUGAUGCUGCAGCCUGACAGCACCGGCUCCAGUGUAGACCCGGUGGUAGCAGAGGAUACGGGACCACAGCAGUCUGGAAGUGAGAAGGAGCAAAUGCAGACCUCAGAUGAUGACGGUGAACAGAAAGACAGCAGCACUGCGAAGAAAGAACCUGGCCCCAAAAGAGCACCCCCCCCUAAAAAGCCACCCAGACCCAGUCACAUUGCGCCUAGUGACAGACUCAACAUUUACUUUCAUGCAGUUCUCUCCAAGGAUUUCAAAUUUGAUCCAGGAGCAGAUCGCAUCUUCGUCAGAGUGGGUUCCUACAUAGGAGACUGGGAAGAAGAUGCAGUUGAGCUGUUUGUGGAAAGGGACCUUGAUGAACAUGGAUUUCUUGUUGGAGGCUGUUUGACAGCAAUCAAAAAUCAAGCUGUGUCUGUGUCGAUCCCAUACAAAUAUGUUGUCUAUAAAAACAAAAAGAGUGUUUAUGAGUAUGAGCACAUAUACAAGCCAGAUGCUACACAACCCGCCAACAGAUGUUUGUUUGUGAAAACUGACCUCAUCAAUGACAGUGGGGACUGGCAUCAAUAUGACGACAUCAUCUGUGCGCCGCCAUCAAAAAACGUUGUUAAACGUGCUUGGGAUAACUUGUGGUCAGAACAAAGAAAAAACUUGAUUCAAGGCAGAGAGAUUGCAGGGAGGAUAAUGCUGGGCACCAUUUUUGAUAUUCUCCGUGACUGGACUGAGACCAACCUGAAAAGUUUCAUCAGCCAGCUGAAUCAAUUUUUUCAGGUUUAUAAAGACCCAUAUGUGUAUGAAGGGAAACAACAGAAAUGGACAACUUUGAACUAUGAUGAAGAAAAUGUCAGAAAUUUGUUGAAAGAAUUCAUGCUGACACAAGUGAUUCCUCAACUCAAAGAGAAAGACAAGAAAAGUUACUUCAUUCAGGACGACUUCAAAGCAGCAUUGAUCAUGCUGCAUGUAUGGGGACAGUAUCGCAUCAAGCUCAUCAAAGCUGAGCUUUAUCAGCUCUGUGCCAUGCUCUGCUUACCGAAGCUGGAGAAGGAUCGCUUCCUUCAGUUCUGGGAAGAUUUUUCCAAAGAGGCUUCUGUUAUCAAGAGUUUGCCAGAGAACUUGGUGGAUGUGAUAAACAUAAUGAAAAAAGAAAACAUGCCUCGAUGGAUCUUGGUACUCCCACUUCUCCACCUGCUCAAAGGCAUCACAAAGCCCUUUGAAAGACCACCGCCUGGAAACAACAAGUACUUCAUAUCCUGGGCAGGUCUGCAAGGCCUUGACAUGGGUCCUUCAAAUCACAUGAACAGUCAAGACAGAAGAGCACUGAUAAAUGUGAUGAAAAACAACAGUCACCUGAUGGAGGUGGAUCUUCUUUCAGUCCGUUCCUGCCUGUACUUCAUGUCUCUUGAUGGAUUGAGGGAGUGUAGCGCAAACAUCAAUGCUGAGCUUUUGGACAUACUUCAGGUUUUAACUCAGGAGAUCCCUGCAGAUAUUACUGCUAGCAGUCAUGAGGCAGUGUCUGGCCUUCUCUCAUACAUCCAGGGAAAUCUUGUUGAAGAAAAAUACAGUCAUUUUACAGAGGCUUACAGGAGAGAUUGCCUUUCAGCAGCAGUGAGGCUGUUAGACAAGAUUUGCAAAGGGGUGAAACCAACAACAUACACCCUAAACUACCCUGAUAUCCCCGUUGCAUGCAUGCAUCUAGUUGCAUCUGUAACCGACUUUAUUCAGUGUAACAAGCAGCAGGAAAGCCAAGGACAAGACGGAGUACAGCAACAUGUGAGAGAAAUGGUGAUUUCUCAAGCAAUGAGAAUAAUGAGAGAAUGGAUGAGUCGGUCAUUUAAACAAUUACUUAACAAAGGACUCACAUCCAUGUUCCAAACAAAGGCAACAGAGCAGUUUGAAACAUGGAACAAUGUGAUCUCAAUCAGUUUCAAAGAAAAAGAUUUCACGACAGAGUGGAAGCAGACAUUCAAAAUGGAUUUUGAGGGCAAAUAUAAAAAGGAAACGUGUCUGGAUCAAAUUGAGUUCUAUUGCAAAAACUUAGAGGUGCUGACAGAUUCCCGUCCACAUGUUGCUGCAAGUGUUGAGAAAUGUGCUCUUGAAGCUGUUACACAUUUGUGCCAGACCAAGUCUGAAGGCAAACUUUUUGAGAGAUUCAAGAUGAACUGGAAGUUUGGAAAGCUCGUCUCAGAAAUUAUCCAAAAAUCCUGGCCACGAGACAGCCAAGGAAAAUACCAGGAGGAUGAAGAAGUGGUUCUUCGGCACCUGCUCUCCUGGACAGCUGCCAAGGACAUUUUCCAACUACAUGGUGUAGACGAGAAACUGUUUGAUCAACUCUCUCACGAUGCCAGAGACAGGAUUGCCAUCGCCAUCUCAUCAUUUGCAGCAACAACCCAUCAACUGGUCCAAGGGAACCUCAAAAUCAACCUGCUCAAAAUCAUUUUGAAGAGAAAAGACGUCUUCUUAGCACUGAUAAAGAUUGACUGUCUUUCUGAGAAUGGAAGCUAUAAAGAUAAUGACAAGAUGAAGAGGCUUUUGCAGUGCAGACAACAAGAGGUGGAUGCUGUUUACCAUGAAAAGGAGCUUGUGGAUGUCCUCCUAACUAUGAGCCAUAAACUUGAGGAACAUAUGACAGUUGAUGUUGAUGACCUCGAGGUCAAACAGCAAGUCAACAUUGAGGCUUCACCAUUGAAUCAUUUCAUGGAGGUUCAUCCAUACGAUCAACUGCCCCCCCAAAUGGCUGGUGUUGUUACCUACUUUAGUCUCGAUGAAGAAAUCAGAGACAUGGCAGAGGUCCUGCACAAAUUCAGAGACAGUUAUGUGUUCAAAAAGUGUUGGGACCAACAAGCCAAACUCCUGGCUGAGGAUGAAGUGGAAGAUGAUCCUGAUGAACCUCAAGUAGCAGACAUUAUGGCAACACUAGAAACGAUCCAUGAAGAAAUUUUCAUGAGUUGCUUUGACCAUUUCAAAGAUAUCUAUGCUCGUUUGCGGGAUGGAACCAUAAGACUUGAAGAAGUCAACCAACUUUUCAGAGAUUUCAAAGGCAAAUAUGAAAAACUUGAACAGGACUUGGACAUUAUGUGCAGAGUCGACAACUCGAACGACAAGCGGUGGAUUCUCAGCAGGAUGCAGCAGAUUGAGCAGUACCAUGAGCUUCAUCUGGCUGUGGCUUCAGCUGAGAUUAUCAUGAUGGUCAAAGAUACGCUUUGUCUUCAAGGAGACUUCAGAGUUCUGGAGACACUGACAGAAGUUAAUCAUGCAGACUUUCAGAAAGAGCAGCUCAAAAGGAUUGACAAUGACUUGAUGAAGGCAAAGAUGGUCCUGGUAGACAUCACUGAGCCUCGGAGACUGUGUCUGCAGGAGCUGGGACUUCGAGGACACUUUGUAAAAUGGGUGAAGAAUGCACUUGAAGAUAUCAAUGAGUUGAAGGUGUUUGUUGACCUGGCUUCGAUCUCUGCGGGAGAGAAUGACAUGGAUGUGGAUCGUGUCGCUUGCUUCCAUGAUGCAAUCCUUGGUUAUUCCUCAAUGCUUUAUGAGCUAAAACCAGACUCUGGGUUUGAUGCCUUCAUAGAAGUGAUCAAAAAGCUUUGGAGAGCUUUGGAGAAUGACAACAACCUCCCGAAGAAACUGCGGGACAGUGCACGCCAUCUGGAAUGGUUGAAGACGGUGAAGGACAGUCAUGGGUCAGUGGAGCUGUCGUCUCUCUCAUUGGCAUCAACCAUCAACCAUAAGGGAAUCUACUUGAUUAGUCCACACAGGGUUGAAAAGCUGAGUCUCGACACUGCCCUGAAGCUGCAGAUUCCAGAGGAGCAUGAUGAGGGUCUGCAUAUGCGCUCCUAUUCUCUUGAAGACCUGAGAGAAUUGCAAAACAAACUCAUGCUCAUGUCUGGCAAAGGUGAUCAAGGGCAGAAUGAAGUUGAUCACUUUGCAGAGGUUUUUGCCAGUGUCCAAAGACUUGCUGAGGCAUUCAUUGCCUUGUACAAUGCUGGAAAUCCUUUGUUCAGGCACUGGAAAGUGCAAAUCAACUGCUUUUCAGAUAGCCAGUUACCCAGCAUCAUGAUGGACUUCAACUUGGACAGAGUUCCCAGUGUCACUAUAGACGGAGGCAUAGAAGAGCAGCUGCCUGAACUUUGCAGAAAAAUGGAGAAAUGUCUGAAAUACUGGAUGGAUUUUGUCAACAAGCAGAGAUCACAAAAUUACUAUCUGAACUAUUACACCGCUGAACAGAUUGUCUACCUGUGCAGCAAACUCACUCAGCACAAUGUGACCAGUAUCGAGGAUCAAGUUCUCAUGAUGCUGUCUUUCAUCAAGCCAAACUGUACAACCACAGAUUUGGAGCACGUCUGGCAUACACUUAAAGAUGAAAUCAUCACCAAACCACAAGAAAUAAAUGAGGACCUUGAAUUUCAAACCUUUGUUAUUUUGCCAAGAAGUAGCACAGAAGACCAAGAACUCAACAGCCAGCUGAGUUCCCUGCCAAGUCUUGUGGAGCAAACAAAUGGUUUGCAAGCAUUUGAUCAGAUAUGGAAUGACUACAUGAAAAACAUGAGGGAUGUUCUUCCACACGUUCUUGACAUCAAAAGUCUUGGAAGACUGUUGGAAAUACUUGCAAACAAAAGUGACAAAGAUGAAGUAUGUGACAGUAAGGAAGAUGAUUUGGAAAAUAACUUCAUUCAGAGGCAGCUACCCAAAGGUUUGGCCACUGGGAGGCCAAACCUCAUUGUUUGUCCACAUGAUGAAGUCUUGACAUCUUGCAUCUCAAUUUAUUUGAACAGUGAAGCUGUCACACUUCCUACCUAUGACGAAGUCCUUCUGUGCAGCUCAUCAACUCCAUACGAACAGGUGGAGCUGUUCCUCAGGCGCUGCCUCAGUGAAGGCUACAGAGGCCAAAAAAUAUAUUCCCUUCUUUAUGGGGAUCUACUCACUUACGAUGUCAGCUCUAAACUUGAGAGCUUUUUCCAGGAAAUGAAAAGGAAGAGUAGGCAUGACUACCAGCUUGUUCUCAUUUGCAGCUCAGAAAGAGAGCAUGCAUACCUUCCUUCAGCAUUCAGCCAGUACAGACUGCACAUGGUUCCCCAGGAGCCACUGGCAAGGAUCCAGAGGUACCUUCACAAACAUUAUGCCGUUCCAAAAGAUCAGUGCAGUGCUGCAGCUGUAUUUAAAGACAGGCUCUGCGUUGGUAUCAUCUCUUCUAAAAGGGCAGGUGUUGGUAAAUCAUUGUACAUCAAGAGGCUGUAUGAAAAACUGAAGUCUUCAACCACAAAGCCAUCGGCAAAGAAAUGCAUUCGCUUGAUUGAACCAUGUGUUGAUGAGAACACCAUUGUUCAAUCGCUGUUGGAAAGGUCCAAAGGGGAAGAGCUUACAAUGUUUCACUUCGAUGUCAUGUCAUCGGUGCAAAAGGGUCUUGCAGAGUUCCUUUUCAAAUUGUUGAUUUUGCGCUAUUUGAUGGACUCUGAGGGAAAGAUGUGGAAGUGCAAUGACAAGCAGUUGUAUGUCAUUGAGAUAUUGGAACCCACUGUCAAGUCAACCCAGACUACAUCAAACCAGGCUCAAAUUUUGCCAAGCACAUUCACAGAUGUGUUUCCAAAAAUUGUCUGCCGACCACCCAAAGAUGUACUCAUGCUUGAGAUGAGGAAGCGAGAAGAUCCAACAAUUGUGAGCAAUGAUGACCCUCUGAUGGAUGAAGAAGAAUUCAGGAGUGAAGCUUUCCAGCGACCAUAUCAGUAUCUGACACGCUUUCAUAAUGGCAUGGAUUUAGAUGCAUUUUCAUAUCAAUGUGUUGAGGGGUCACAUGUGGAAUGUCUUCAGAUGCUUCUGAUGAAUUGUGGCAUCAUGGACCCAUCCUGGGCAGAACUGAGGAAUUUUGCAUGGUUCCUUAACCUGCAGCUGAGAGACUGCGAGACAUCUGUUUUUUGUGAUGCCACUUUCACUGGAGACACGCUAAGUGGGUUCAAAACCUUUGUGGUAGAUUUCAUGAUACUGAUGGCAAAGGACUUUGCCACUCCAUCACUCCACAUCUGUGACCAGAGUCCUGGCAGGCUGCAAAUGGAUCUGACUGGUGUGAAAGAUGAAGACUUGGCUCCUUUUCUCAUCAGAAAAAGAUGGGAAACAGAACCACACCCAUACAUCUUCUUCAAUGAUGACCAUGUGUCUAUGACCUUCAUUGGUUUUCAUCUUCAGCUCAAUGAACAGGGCUUUGUUGACGCCAUUGAGCCCACAUCUGGAAGGGUCAUCAAAAAGAAUGUCAUGACAAAGGCAUUGUAUGAAGGCCUGACACUGCAGAGAGUCCCAUUCAACAUUAACUUUGACAGUCUUCCCCGGGGAGAGAAGAUCGAGCGAAUUUGCAAUGUUCUUGGGAUUCAGUGGCCUUUAGACCCUGACGAAACCUAUGAACUUACAACUGACAACAUCUUGAAGAUAUUGGCAAUCCACAUGCGGUUCAGGUGUGGCAUCCCUGUCAUCAUCAUGGGAGAAACAGGCUGUGGUAAGACAAGGCUCAUCAAAUUUCUCUGCGAAUUGCGAAGAAGUGGAGUCGCCUGCGAGAACAUGAAAUUGGUCAAGGUGCAUGGAGGGACUACUUCUGAGAAUAUAUUUUCCAAAGUCAGAGAAGCAGAAAACAUUGCUUACGUCAACAAAGCAGACUAUGGCUUUGACUCUGUUCUCUUCUUUGAUGAGGCCAACACCACUGAAGCCAUCAGCAGUAUUAAGGAGGUCCUUUGUGACAACACAGUGAAGGGAGAAAGCUUGACAACAAAUUCUGGAUUGCAGAUCAUUGCUGCUUGCAAUCCCUACCGAAAGCACACAGAUGAGAUGAUCCAAAGGUUAGAAUCUGCAGGCCUUGGGUACAGAGUUCGAGCUGAUGAGAUAGAUGAAAAGCUUGGCUCCAUCCCUCUUCGCCAGUUAGUAUACAGAGUUCAAGCAUUGCCACCAAGCAUGAUCCCUCUGGUGUGGGACUUUGGACAGUUAAAUGAUCAGACAGAGAAAAUCUACAUUCAGCAGAUUGUGCAAAGAGUGAUUGAAACAAAGACAAUCGAUGCGUAUCACAUCACCAUGAUCACUGAUGUACUUUCAGCCUCACAGAAGUACAUGCGUACAAGAAACGAUGAAUGCAGCUUUGUCAGCCUGAGAGAUGUGGAACGUUGCAUGCAAGCCUUCGUUUGGUUCUAUGACAACCAUGCCAAGUUUUUUGCAGAGCUUGAGGAACUUGAAAAAACUCAAAAAGCACAAAAGAAAGAGCGACAUCACAGACGGUCAGAGGUCAGGGACCCUGUUGUCUGGUCUCUAGUCAUGGCCACAGGAGUGUGUUACCAUGCCUGCCUUGAAGAUAAGGAGCAAUACAGACAAAAACUCAGCAACAAACUAAAGACAUACAGUCCAGCAGGUGUAAUGCAGGAAAUCUCAUUAAUGCAGGAUUUGCUUUUAAAUGGCGUCCCAAUGGGUGACACGAUUGCAAGAAACAAUGCCCUCAAAGAGAACGUCUUCAUGAUGGUACUUUGCAUUGAGUUGAGAAUCCCUCUGUUCUUGGUUGGGAAACCUGGAAGUUCAAAAUCUUUGUCCAAAACUCUGGUGGCAGAUGCAAUGCAAGGCCAAGCUGCUCAUUCUGACCUUUACAAAAGGCUUAAACAGAUCCACUUGGUGUCCUUUCAAUGCAGUCCACAUUCAACACCAGAAGGCAUCAUCAAUACAUUCAAGCAAUGUGGACGCUUUCAAGAGGGCAAAAACCUUGAUGAAUACAUCUCAGUUGUGGUUCUGGAUGAGAUUGGCCUGGCCGAAGACUCGCCAAAAAUGCCACUGAAAACUCUUCAUCCAUUACUCGAAGAGGGAUGUAUCGAUGAUGAGCCCCUACCACACAAAAAGGUUGGUUUCAUUGGUAUUUCCAACUGGGCGCUGGACCCUGCAAAGAUGAACAGAGGCAUUUUUGUCUCCCGAGGUGACCCUGAUCAGAAGGAACUCAUUGAAAGUGCUCGAGGCAUUUGUUCAUCUGACGCAAUGGUUUUGGAAAAAGUCAGCGAUUUCUUCCAACCUUUUGCAAGAGCCUACUUGCAGAUCUGCCGUAAACAAGGGAAAGGAUUUUUUGGCCUUCGUGAUUAUUACAGCUUGAUUAAGAUGAUCUUUGCAGUGGCUAAGGCUGCUCAAAGGAGGCCCACAGCAGAAGAGACAGCAAAGGCUGUUUUGAGAAAUUUCAGUGGCAAGGAUGACGUAGAUGCAGUUACUGUCUUCACAAAGAAACUGCAGAUCACUCCGAAUCUUGAGAACCUCAGCGCCAUCGAGUUUGUGAGAGAAAACCUUCACGCAACUGCACAAGAUGAAGAAUGUCGGUACCUGCUGGUACUCACAAAAAAUUACGCAGCUCUGCAAAUCCUGCAGCAGACAUUCUUUUCAGAAAGUGUUCAACCAGAGAUAAUCUUCGGCUCCAGCUUCCCAAAGGACCAAGAGUACACCCAAAUCUGUCGCAACAUCAACAGAGUGAAGAUAUGCAUGGAGACAGGUCAAACUGUGGUUUUACUAAACUUGCAGAACCUCUAUGAAAGUCUGUAUGAUGCCCUCAACCAAUACUAUGUCUGCUUGGGCGGGCAGAAGUAUGUGGACCUUGGACUGGGAACCCAUCGUGUCAAAUGUCGAGUGCACCAAGAUUUCCGGCUCAUUGUCAUUGAAGAAAGAGAGGUGGUCUACAAACAGUUCCCAAUACCUCUCAUCAACAGGCUGGAGAAACACUAUCUGGACAUUCACACGGUCCUCAGAACAGAGCAGAAGAGGAUCGUGGAAGAACUGGAGAAAUGGGUCACACUCUUUGUAACUCUGAGCAGUCAGUUUGCAGCAGUGAAUCAAACAUACAAGUACCAGCCCCCAGACGUCUUCAUCGGCUAUCACUCCGAUGCAUGUGCUUCUGUGGUUCUUGAAGUGAUGGAGAGGCAGAAGGCUAAUUUGAACGUGACAGACGCUGAGAGGAACGUGCUUGAUGAGGCCAAACUCGUACUCCUCAAGUGUGCUACACCAGACUCGGUGGUGCGGUUGGACUGCACAGGCCUUCCAAAGGUGGAGAGUGAGGAGCUUGCCAAGAUCUACUUUGAAGAGCAGAGUAACAAUUGUUUGGCAGACUACGUACUUGCUCACACAAGACAGGAAGUCAGUUGUCGCGCUGCCUUCACAGAGGUGACAACAUUCUCCAGACUGUUGACAACUUUUGACUUGGAACCACUGAAGGAGAUGUUGCACAGUGUUGAGCUUCUUUCACUCCAGCAGUUUGACACAGAGCACUCAUUUUUGAAGAAGAUCAGAAACUUUCUCACUGCUGAAAAUGGAAGCAAAACUCCCGAAUCAUGCAACAAGACCCUCAUCAUUCAGUGUGAUUACGAUGAAGCCGCUCACAGUGUCAAUCUCAUUGCAUCUGCAAAGUAUUCCUCAAUCAACGAAAUCAGCAAAAUUACUCAGGAAAGGACCGGAUGCAAUGUGUUUGUCUACUUCAUCACCAGACUGCCAAGAAUGGAAGGGGGGACCACUUACAUUGGCUUUCAUGGCGGUCCUUGGAGAUCAGUUCACAUUGAUGAUUUGAGACGGUCAAAAGACAUUCUUUCCGACAUCAAAACCUUGCAAAGCAUGACAAUCAGUCAGAUGUUUGAAAAAAAGAUGAUGCAGCAGGAAGCCAUGGAGGUUGAUGACAUGUACUCUGAGACGACAGAGCUGGAAGAAACAGCAUCAGAUGAAAAUGACGGGGACAGUGUUGUGGACACCACAGCACUGCUGCGAAGCUGUGUGCAGAGCGCAGUGAGCAUGUUGAGGGACAAUGUGGAAAGUGGCAGUCGCAGUACUGAAAGGGUUGAGAUUCUUCUGGCUCUCCUCAGUGAAGAAGAUGAAAUGAAAGGGAAAUUUCUGGAGACUGUCAAGAGCCGCCUUCACUCAUUGUUGGCGACUCAAGAUGGCAACACCUUCUCAUCUGUCAAGAGCAAUUGGGUCCUCAAAGAGGCCUCAAACAUUGAUGCUUUGCAAGAAGGAGGCACAUUCAGGCACACCUUAUGGAAGCGUGUUCAGGCUGCUGUUUCUCCUCUCUUGGCACAUCUUGUUUCAGUCAUUGACAGAGACCGAAACAUGGAUAUUCUGCUUGAUAGAAACAGUGGUGAAACUGUCAAAAAGCUGUGGCUGGAUAUUUUUGCCAAUGAUAAACUGCUGGAAAUGUCACACCGAACAAUCGAUCGAAACUCUGAGACGAGAACAAUUCUUGUACAAAACUCCAUCGCUCAAGACAGGAACAUGAGCUGCAGCAUGCCCUUCAGUUGGAGGAUCAAGGAUUUCUUGGAAGAACUCUGGGUUCACGCACUUCAAAAUGAAGGGCACACACAGCAGCAGUUUGAUGAGUUCUUUUGGAAAACGCCACUGGGUCGAUACAUAACAGAAGCAGAUCCAGACAUGCAGAUGGAGUUUUUCCACCGCUACCUUCAGGACUUCAUCUGUAUGACAAUGACCGUCUCUUGUCAGGAAGAUCGACAGCUUCUUUGUAAUGCCCUGAAUUGCUGCGUCAAUGAGAUGAAAGUGCAUCAAGAGGAAGCAGUGGUAUCUCUUCCAUGGGUCCAUGCUGCUUAUCACAAGUUCAAGAUCCGCCUGCAGAAUCUCUCCAGAAUGAUCUGCAUCAAGCCCCAAGUGACCCACGACCUGAGGAAUCUUGACAGAGAUGGGAUUGAACUUGUACAUGAUGUGUACGCUGCCUUUGCAUGUGUGGAGCAUUUGGAGCCCAGAGUUUUGGACACUGAUGCUCAGAGACUGGCCUGGCUGAGGGACGUGAAAAAGCUCCAAGUGCCGAUUGAUUUGGUUUGCUCUGAGGACAGCAUGAGACAUUACGGAGAGAAGAGCAAGAUGCUUGCAAGCCGAGUCCAAGCAGGGUGGAAUCGGAUUUAUUCUCUCUCCCUCUAUGUGGAGCACAUGUUGCUGGGGAUCGAGGAGUUGGAAAUGAAGCUGGCGCCUAUAGUUUUGGAGAGCACACGACGGCUUGGAAAGGUACUAGAAGAAAAUUCAGAUCUGAAAACUCAGCAGUCUUUUGAGGCGGUGAUUCAUUUGCUCAAAAAGUGCAAAGAUGAAGUUGUUCAGCGCAUCUUCAGGUUCGGUCUCACACAGUGCCCAGUCUGUAUGGGAGACCCCAAAGAUCCACUCUGCCUGCCAUGUGAACACAUCUUCUGUGUGGACUGCAUCAAACAGUGGCUGGGACCUGGUCAGAUGUUCUGUCCCUCCUGCAUGCUGCAGGUCGAUGAUGAUUUUCCUUUGGUCCCGACAGAAGAAACAAGGAAAUCAGUCAACCUGCAUGCUCAGUUCAGGAAGCGGUGCAAUGCUUUCUUCAUCGACCUGGUGUCCACGGUGUGUUUCAAAGAUAACUCUCCACCCUGCUCACAAGUCAUUUUCCAUCUGCUGUCCUUUCUGAUGACAGAGGCCAGUCCUGUUCCCAUUCUUCGAGCAAAUCGACAAGUUUUGACAAAGGCACUCUCUCCUUUUGAUGACUCUGUGGAUAAAAAUCCAGUCAUCCGGUCAGUGGUGCUGAAACUCCUCCUGAAGUACAGCUUCGAUGAAGUUAAAGACUACUUGCAGCAGCAUCUGAUGACAGUUGAGCAGAGCAACAUCUUAGAAAAUACCGACAAACUGGAGCUGUACUGCUUGUACAUCAACUGUCUGGAGGACUCCAUGUUUGAGAGACCGUGUUCCAUGUUCAGAUCCGCUGCAGACCAGCAGGCAUACUUUCAAGAAGAAAGUCAUUUUCUGACUGAGUUCUUGCAGUCACAGUCUCCUGAAGCAGCAACUGUGGAGUUCUUCCAGCAGGUCACCAGAGUCCGGAUGGAUCUAGAUCUGUAUGCAGGUCUCUUUGUGGAAGAAAUGAGAGCUCCAGGGUCCAAGAUUGAAAGUGGAACCACAGCCUUCAUGACCAGUGUGGUGAACUUGUGCAGAAGGAGUGGAAACGACUGGUAUCGGGUCUAUUUGAUCCGAAAGAUUUGCAGCCAACAUGGAGUGGAGUUUGUCCUAAAACUCCUCAAGGUGGAGGAGAUGCGCUGGCUCUUCCCUGAAGAAAUUCUGCAAAAGAAUGAAGAGGCUGUCCCUGUUGACCAGUAUCUUGUUUGUGGGGAAGAUUACAAAACGAUCAGAGAUGCUGUUGGAAAGGGAUUUAUGGAAGGAACAACAGAUGAACUGGAUGAGGCUUGUGAGGGUUGCGGAUGCUCACCACAGUGGAAAACCAUUUACCUCUUGUUGGCACUCUACAGAGAAGUCACCACUCUCUACAGGGACAUUAAUACCAGCUUCCAUCCUAAACCUGAGCAAGUGGACGCCCUGCAGACUUACAUCCAGACAUCAAAAAUCCUUGCCAGCAAUGAAGCAAAGACCUUUGCUCAGUGUCUGGUGACCAACCAACUCGGGCCGCUGGUUCUUCCUCCUGGAGCCUCCAGUGCUGACUGUGUGUCAGUGGACUUAACUGUCCACUUGGCUGCUGUCCUGGUAUGUGCAAACCAGGGGAUCUUAGGUCCUCUGCUGCAGCUUGCAAAAACACCGGCCAACAUGCAGGGAGCCUUCUUGCCCACAAUGCCAGAAGACAUGUUGGCAGUGGCUCACCAGGCUUUAGGACCAGUGCAGUGGUACAAGUGCCAAAAUGGUCACCCAUGUACCAUUGGCGAGUGUGGACGGCCUACGGAAACAAGCACUUGCUUAGAUUGUGGCGUUCCGAUUGGAGGACUCAACCACGCUGCUUUGCAAGGAUUUCAGCAUGUGCAAAUUCAAGGUGACCGCACUCAGACAGGCCACGUCCUUGGUGACCCCAGACGCAGACAGAAUCCAGACAUGCUGGACACCAAGAGCAUUUCACCUGUUCCUUUCACCAUUAUCCGCAUGAUCACUCACAUGGCAAUGCUGCUUGGGGCCUACAGUCACCCACAGUCUAUCUCUGCUAUCAUCAAGCCUCCAGUCGGCGACACUGGAGCGUUCCUGCUCGCACACCUGAGAGAAGACAUGAAACAUCUCAUCAGGUCUCUGGGUAAAGGAACUGAUGAUACGAUCAGUGUUGUUCACCUGCUCAUCAACAGCCUACUGGAACCCCAACAGCAGCAAAAAUGGCCUGUUCCUUACAAUGAUGUCCUGUCCACCAAAGAGGCUAGAAAUGGGUGGGAGGUGGAAAUGAGCAGCACCAUCGCCCCACACCUAAAGCACUUGGACCGACGGCUAAAGGAAGUGAACGCAUUUAUUCGGGCAGACUCCCGCAUCUCUGCCAAUCCGAUCAUGAAGCUAAUAUUUGGCGAUCCUCGUCUGUUCUUGGCCUCACUCCCCCCAAACUCUGUGAUCCACGGGUCUGCUGUGUGGACCUGCAGAGAGAAGGUGUCUCUGCUGAGCCUCACCCACAUUGUUGAGCAGAAUGAUGGCAAAGACACACUGCCUGUUCUCUGGAGGUUCCUGCAUAAGGAAGCUGAGGUGUGCCUGGUGAAACACCUUCCUGAUAUCCUCACACUCCAGAGGGAUCUGGUUAAGAAGUUUCAAAACACCAAAGUGACGUUUAACUCCAUCGAAGAAUUUCUACACAGUCGAAAAGCAGUUUCGCUGAAAGCCUGGUAUGAGAAACGCAUCCGAAUCUUCCUGACAACCUGGAACCAGCUCAGAGUUUCUCUGGAAACCAACGGUGAGAUUAAGAUCCCAGCUGAGUUCUGCCAGAAGGACCUGGAUGUCAAAAGUGACUUCAGAGUGCUGCUACCGCGAAGACGAGGCCCAGGCCUCUGCUCCACAGCUCUCGUCAGCUACCUGAUUGCAUUGCACAACAAUCUUAUCUACUGCGUUGACAAGAACACUGGAGAAGAAACCAGCUACAAAGUGAGCCCUGCAGAUCUGACUGACCUGCAUGUGAUUCAUUAUGAGAUGGAAAGAGACGUGAUGCCACUGAUUCUGGCCAACACCCAGUACAGCAUCGAGAGGGGUCAGGAAACCAUCCAUGAGUACAACUUGCCCAAAAUCCAACAGCAGAUCAUUUCCCGCUUCCUGCAGGGCAAACCUUUCAUCACUCUAAACGGAAUUCCAACGCUGGUCAACAGACAUGAUCGCAACUAUGAGAUCAUCCUUAAGGAUGUAAAAACCAAAAUCCAACAAGAACCUCUUCAGGCUCUCACCCUGGUUGCUGUGGCUGGAGAUCUGCGCUCCUACAGUGAUGUGUGUGAGGCCUUGCACACGCUGGAAGUGGCCCUCGGUUUCCUCGCAAUGACUGGGGGAGAGCCGCACAUGCAGCUGUCUUGCUACCUGGAGGAGGUUCUGCAGAUGGGAAACCAAAUGGCUCAGCACGUCCUCAAGGCAUUGAGUGUGUGUUGUCUGAAGCACUGUGUGGCACUGUGGCAGCUGCUGGCCUCGCUCAAAUCAGAAAAUAUGCUCCAGCUCAAAAAGGAUCCAUUUCCAGAUUCAAAAGAGUACAAACAGCCUCUCGGUGAAGAAAAACGCAGGCUGUUGGCAGGAUUUUUCUCGAAGAACAGAGCUGAUGUUUUCCUUCUGGAGAUGCAUGAAUUCCUGGUGCUCGUGCUGAAAAAUCCAAAGGCACCUGAAACCUACAGGCCUGCCUGGAGCUUGAAAGACACCUUGAUGGCUUACAUGGAGUGCAAAGACAUGGAUGUUCCUCCAGAAGUGGAAGAGCAUUUCCCAAAGGAGAUCAGCCUGGCACAUUACGUGGAAGCCUGGAAGUUCAUUGUGGACUUCAAGAACAAGCGUGGACAUCGACAAUGAAGAUCCCAUUAGUUGUUUUGCUUUUUGUGGAUUAAAAUCAAUCACUUCAGGUGAAGUUUAUGGCCUGAAGUAACAGUCCUGACAAUCCGUAUUUCUAUAUGUUCAUGAAGAAGAGACGUGCCUUUUCACUGAAUACCUUUCAAUACUUUCAAAACAAAAAGCAAUGUGAACUUUUCUGUGGUGUUUCAGAUCUUGUUUUGUGUUAUUUUGUAUUUCUUAAUCAACAUGCACAAAGUCUCUGCUUAGUUGAAGACUUUUUUCUUGCACUUUACUUUUGUUAUUCAUAAUGUGACUUUGAAAAAAAAAAAAACUAAUUCACUCAGGUAAAAAAUGUUGUGUAUAUCUUGAUCAAACUGCAUCUAAAUUUAACUUUACUUGCCUUAAUACAACAGGUAGUUUUUGUCAAGCAGGUGUUUCACUGUUGCCAUGCCAUGUGUAACUGUUGUUGCCUUUUACAUUCAUCACUUAGCAGCUGUCUUUCAUUCCAUCUUUUUCAUUUGAUGUUAUUUUGAUAAGUGAUUGAGUUCUUCUAUGGAUAAUUUUUCAAUUAUAAAGUGUCUUCAGUAAAGUGUAAAUCCAUUCACUGCUCUAUUUUUGCGAUCUACACUAAAUUUUCAAGAGCCUGAGAACUGGAGGGAUCACCAGUUAAUUACUUCUUGUUUACUCUCUACAUCACUGCCAACAUGCAGCAAAGGAUGUAUAUGAUGCAGUGUUCAGGAAAUGUCUGAGAUUAAUGACUGUCUCUGAUCAGAUUCAUGUGUAAAUAAGGACAAGACAAGAAAACUUUCAAAGUACAGUUCUAAAUGUGCUACACACACUUUCUUGGUCUGUGCUUAAAACACACUGCUUUGGUUUUCUGUCAGUGCCAACACAAUACAUGAAAUAUUGCAUGUAAUGGGCACACAAUUGCAACAGAUGAAUGAAAUAAUAGAUAAUAUGAAAUGUUAGAAAUAAAUUUUCAGUAAAUGUGCACUUCUGCAGGUGUCUGUAUUUAUAUCAAUUAAAUGCUGAAAUAGUCCAAACCACACCGAACUACAGAUAUUUACUCAAUCUCCCCUUAUUUGUUGCUUCCCUGUUAAGAUUUUAUUUUCCAGUGUAACCAAACGAAGCAUCAAGUUUAGUUUCAACCUUGAGUGUGGGGGAUGUGGGUUCGAAUCUUGUAUAUCAGUGUAAUCACUGGCAAGUUGCAAUGACUUAUCUUGUUGACCCAGUAAAAAAAAAAAAAAGCAGAAUAAACACUGACUGUAGA